GCCUGUCCCCUACCCGAACCCAGACUCGGCGCCGCACAUUGCCCCGGGGGGGCCCGGCGCAGUCACGCGCGCGCAGAGCUCACGCUCUCCGCCCCGCACACCUGCGCUCCGCCCCGUGGUCCUGGGCCCGCGACGGGCGAAGGCAUUUGGGAAGCCAGGGCGGCUGCGGUGGCGAUCUCCCUGACCCAGGGCCGGAGUUGCCCGGAGCCUGCCGCCGCUCUCAGCCAGCCCGCAUCCUUCUCUGUCCUUCCCUCCCCCCGCCUGCCACGGCGCGGGUAUCCGCAGCCACAGCCCGGGGCCGGUGAGGCGGCGAAGGGGGAGGGGAGGAAUCAAGGGAUGAGCGCCGGAAGGGCGUCGGGGGCCCUGAGCCGCACUAGGACGCCCCUGGAGCCGGAACCCCAGCAGAAGCCGGAACCAGAACCAAAUCACCGGUACCGGGUGGGCCAGGUGGUCAGGGUGGGAGAAACCAAAAAGGGAGAGGGGUGCGGGAAUACUGAGAGGAAGGGGCUGCAGAGGCCUGGCUCAGGCCGGCGCGGAGGAGGUGCGGGCGCUGACUCAGGCACGAUUUUUGCUCCCGCCGCCUAAGAAUGCCGUCCCAUCUCGUGCUGCAGUGUCCUUGGGAGGGACAGAAGCGCGAACGAGCUGGAAAGGGGAACGCUCGGGGCGUCGGGGAAACGGGACCAGGGUCGUGGUAGAGAGCUUACGUUGCCGCUGACCUCUUGCCGAAAGGCGAAACAGCACUCCUGGCCCGGACAGCUCCCUGGUUGGGUAGGGGGUGGGGCCGGACCUCAGCCGGACGUCUUAGACGUGCCUGUUUCAGAUCCUGAGGACGGCAUUCCUACCCCUCCCCCAUUCCCAGCUGCAGCCCCCUAAACCCAGGAGGCGCCCUGGCCCGCGCUCGCCCCCCAGGGCCUCAUGUCGGAACCACAGCCUGACCUGGAACCGCCCCAACAUGGGCUGUAUAUGCUCUUCCUGCUUGUGCUGGUCUUCUUCCUCAUGGGCCUGGUAGGCUUCAUGAUCUGCCACGUGCUCAAGAAGAAGGGCUACCGCUGCCGCACGUCGAGGGGCUCUGAGCCUGACGAUGCCCAGCUUCAGCCCCCUGAGGACGAUGACAUGAAUGAGGACACAGUAGAGAGGAUUGUUCGCUGCAUCAUCCAAAAUGAAGCCAAUGCUGAGGCCUUGAAGGAGAUGCUGGGGGACAGUGAAGGAGAAGGGACAGUGCAGCUGUCCAGUGUGGAUGCCACCUCCAGCCUGCAGGACGGAGCCCCCUCCCAUCAUCACACAGUGCACCUGGGCUCUGCAGCCCCUUGCAUCCAUUGCAGCCGCAGCAAGAGGCCUCCACUUGUCCGUCAGGGACGCUCCAAGGAAGGAAAAAGCCGCCCCCGGACAGGGGAGACCACUGUGUUCUCUGUGGGCAGGUUCCGGGUGACACACAUUGAGAAGCGCUAUGGACUGCACGAACACCGUGAUGGCUCCCCCACGGACAGGAGCUGGGGCUCUGGUGGGGGACAGGACCCAGGGGGUGGUCAGGGGUCUGGGGGAGGGCAGCCCAAGGCAGGGAUGCCUGCCAUGGAGAGGCUGCCCCCUGAGAGGCCACAGCCCCAGGUCCUAGCCAGCCCCCCAGUACAGAAUGGAGGACUCAGGGACAGCAGCCUAGCCCCUCGUGCACUUGAAGGGAACUGCAGAGCUUCUGCAGAGCCAACACUGAGGGCCGGAGGGAGGGGCCCAAGCCCAGGGCUGCCCACUCAAGAGGCAAAUGGGCAGCCAAGCAAACCAGACACUUCCGAUCACCAGGUGUCUCUACCACAGGGAGCAGGGAGUAUGUGAGGUGAGUCUGCCUGAGCCCUAAAUGAGGUAAUCUCAUCUUCAUGUCACCUAUUUAAAAUACUUAAGCCUUUCAGCUCCCUGAACCCCCAGAGUAAACUGCAGGCUUAGCCUUUGCUAUAAAUCCCUUGGUUUGGUGGUGGAGGUAGGGAAGGUCCUGGAGCCCCAAGGGAAAAGCUGGACACAGCUUGAACAGGAAGCAACACUGUUACUCUUCCUCUUCUCCAAAUCUCCUUCUUCACUGUGCUGAUGGACUACCAGCUGGCAGGGCCAGGGGGUGGGUGGACGUGAAGGCCCUCCCCUCCACUGGACAGCACUGCCCCCCAGCUGAGGGACCAGCUCUACUUCCACCUGGAGUUGCACAGUCUCAGGCUGGGAGCCUCAGGAGAGGUCACAGCCCCUCAGUCUCUUCUCCUUCCCCUGCCUGCAACAGGCUGCCUGCCCCGCCUUCCCCAACACCUCGCUCCAUAUGAUAGAGCGUGGCAGCUGGGAGCAGGCCCCUGCCCCUGGUGGGCCCCUAAAGCAAUAGCACCGUAGGCCCCCUGCCCUCUUAGCACAAGAGGCCCAGGCCGUGGCCUGGCCUGGCCUUCGUGCCCUUUAUUCAUUGUCAAUAAAUCCGCUCAGACCAUUACA